AUGCUAGGGCGGCGAGUUGUAGCCUCGUUGGGAACAACGAGGGUCAGUGGAUGGGUGGAGAAGGGGUGCCCCCAGGGCGGGGUACUCUCUCCUCUGCUAUGGUGCCUGGUGGUGGAUGGGCUGCUUGAGGGACUGAGUGAAAGGGGCUUCUUCGUGCAGGGCUACGCUGACGACGUGGCUCUGCUAGUGCGAGGACCCUUUCUCGGGUCUCUCUUGGAGCUCAUGCAGAACGCACUGGGAACAGUGGAGCGGUGGUGCAGGGGAACCGGUUUGUCAGUAAAUCCGCUGAAAACGGGGCUCGUUGUUUUCACUCGCAAAUAUAAGGUGGGCACUAUAAAGGGGCCCAUCUUUGAAGGUACAAGGCUAAUCCCAACGGAGUCAGUGAAAUAUCUAGGAGUGAUCCUAGAUAAGAAGCUGUCCUGGAGGGAGCAUCUUGAAAGCCGCUGUAAGAGUUUGUGCUCUUACUUCUGGAUGUGCAGGAGAAUCGUGGGCCAGACGUGGGGGCUGAAGCCCAGGAUGGUCUGUUGGAUCUACACUGCAAUACUUCGACCCAGGCUUACCUACGCAGCAGUCGUGUGGUGGCCGAGGGCGCGGAAGAAAGCGGCGGUGGCGGCGCUCGAGCACAUCAGGGCUCUGAUUUUAAGAGGGGCCCUGGGUGCAAUGCGAACCACGCCGGUGGCAGCCAUGGGCAUUAUGCUCGGGAUUGAACCACUUCACCAGGUGGUGGUGGAGGCGGCGGCGAUCGCCGCACACCGACUAGCCUGUGAACUGAAGUGGAAAGAGGGGACGGCGCAUACUAAGUUCCCCAGCGGCGUGCUGACCGACUCGAUCUUCAGAAUGAGGCAGGACAGGAUGCCAGCAGUUCGGGCUCUGGACAGGCGCUUUAAAGUGCAGGUCACAGGGCUCGCGGACGAGAUUGAACCCGGAGCAUCGGUUCAGGCUUGGGACGGGGACGUCUGGUUCACAGAUGGCUCCAAGACGGGUACGAGCUCCGGCGCGGGCAUUGUUUGCCGACAGAGGGGGGUGGCAGAAAGCCUGCCCCUGGAUGGAUACACCACGGUUUUCCAAACGGAGAUCGUGGCAAUCCUGAGAUGUGCCCAACUGGCCCUGGAAGUGAAGGAGACAGGUGGGCGCGUGAGAAUAUGUUCGGACAGUCAAGCUGCCAUCAAGGCACUCGAAGCUCCGAUUUACACCUCGCGGCUGGUCUGGGACUGCAGAAAUGCACUGGAGAAGCUGGCGAGGGACAAAGAAGUUAUCGUGACCUGGGUCCCCGGUCACUCGGGGAUUGAAGGCAAUGAAGAGGCCGAUCGGCUCGCCAGGGCCGCAUCAAGGAUGGAGGUGUUCGGGCCGGGACCGGUGCUGGGGGUCCCUUUCUGCCUUGGCAGGGAGAGGCUUUGGGCCUGGCUGCGGAACGAGCACCUCGAGUUUUGGAAAAAUGAGCUGGGGACCAAAUGUCGACAGGCCGGGGCUCUGCUGGGGGAAACACCCAGUGAGGACCUAGUUCGGGACAUAAGAUCCUUGAGCAGAAGGGACGCCAGGCUAGUGAUUUAA